AUGUCGAUCCCGACCAUGGCGCAGUUACAGCACGUUCAGUCAAGCGCCCAAACCAACAGCGCUAGUGGCGUUGGGAGCCGAGAUAUCGUCCCUCCGACUCAAACGCAAACUCAAGCUCGACCAGGACCUCUUCCACGACGUCUCCCGCGAAAGAGUAUCCUCAAAUCGCAACGACCAAGUCUCCAGCUUAAUAACAGCCUUCGCCCUCUCCCUGAAAGCAUAACCGACCGCUUCCCUCUCGAGCUCGUCAAGCUCGUCCUUCAUUGGGUUGUCGCGCUUGGUUCCAACGUUCCCUCGUCUCCAAUCGACUAUCCUAUGAGGCCCCCAAAUCCGACUCUCAUUGCGUGCAGUCUCGUCUGUCGGGCAUGGGUGCCAUUGUGCCGUACCCACUACACACCUCGGCUGACAGUAACGCCGUCCAAUGCUUCCCAAUUCCUUGACUUGGUCAACGGAGAGACAUCCGGACAUCUGACAAUCGGGCAGAGCAUCAAGCACCUCGUGGUACAGAAGCAGGAGAACGUGGUGGAUCAUUUCUUCUUGGUGGGGACGAAUGGGACGGGGAUGAGCAACAACCGAGGACCAACUUCGCCAGGCGGAUGCUCGAGGUCUUCCUCGAUCUCCUCAGCGUCGUCUUCCGCUUCUUCGGAUUCCUCAGCAUCAGGUCUUCGUUCACCCUACCGCGACACAUCCUCACCUGCGUCGUCCUCAUCAUCUCUCACCUCCCAAUCAUCCUCCACUUCCCUCCGCAAACCAGGUUACGAUCUCACAGACAUCCUCUCCGUCGCCACCACCCGCCUACCUUCGAUAAUCAAGCUAACGCUCCAAAAGGCCUACAACCAAACCUCCCAAAUCGCGUCCUACAUCGCGUCCUUCGCCGACCUCGAAGAACUGGAACUGCGGAGUUUCGAGUUUGGAACUUUCAGCGAUUUAGCGGCUGUAAUAAGCGCGCAGCAGGGGUUGAAGAGGUUAGCGCUGACGGAUAUAGCCUGGGGACCUCCCAGUUCCGAGGAUAGUGACCAUGGGCAUCGUCCACCACCAAACCUACAAACCCUCGAGCUCUUUAUGGCACACCAGUCGCAUUUGUUCGAGUGGAUGUUCAAGGCUCCAUCCACCGAGCCCUACACGCCCAAAAUCUCCAGCGUCGAUAUCGGAGGCAUCAUGCAACUCGAAGACGCGAUCGCCGUCAGCCGGUUCCUUCGCAAACUGGGCCCACACCUCAAACACCUUAGCCUGUACAGCCCGAGCCGCAUCAGCCAAGUCAACCUCGUGCACAACACAAACCUCGAAUCGCUCACAAUCAGCCACCUCCAAAUCGCACCUCCCUCUCCUCUCCCCGACUCACGACCGCGCUCAGACGCAGUAUGCACGAUCCUCUCCCAACUCUGCGCACCAAACCUCACUCGUAUCUCCCUCCAACUCAUCAUCACCGACCCGGACUCGUUCAGUUGCAUCGACUGGAAAAAGGUGUCGGAAAUGCUGAGGCAACCGAGGUUCAGGAAGUUGGAGGUGAUGGAGUUUAAGAUGAGUCCGCGGUGGGGCAAGUGGAUGAUGGCUAUGGUGGGCAGGGAGGUACCAGAGCUGGUCGAGAGCGGGAUUUUGACGUUCGGUGGAUAG